AUGGAAUAAUAAUUAAAUGAAUAGGCUCAAUCAUUGAAUAUUUAAGAACCGAUAUAUAAAAUGACCACUAAAUUGAUGAAAACUUGUAAUCCCAAGUAAGAGAGUUUAAGAAAUCCAUGAUAGGACUUUAGAUAAGAAAUUCCUCAAAGACUUCAAAAUAAAACCUAGUGAGACACUUGUUACAUUGAAUAAUACUAAAUUAGAUCCUCAUUCUCCAAAAACUAACAAGGCUAUACAAGAUUUAAAUAUAUUUCCAAACUAAUUAGAACUCUUGUAAAAUAAAUUCUUUUACAUUUAGGGAUAAAUCAGAGUUUUAAAAAAAUGGAGAAUCUUCUGAAUUGACAGAAAAGAGAUAUUGGUUACACUAUUUCUAAGUUGCUUAAUAAAAAAAGUCUGUGAUUUUAUAAAGAAAUAAAUAUAAACGAGAAGAAUGGAUAGAAAAAUAGUAACGUCCCAAAUCGAUUUAAACUCUUGAUUAAAGCAUGAAUAGUAGUAUCAAUAUAAGUGAAUAUGUUCCUUAUAAAAGUCCAACUGAAAUGAUUGAAAGUUGGAUAGAUGGCCAAGUGUAAUCAAGUGAUCGCCAAUUAUAAAAAUUCAAUAAACUAUAAUAAGUAAAUUUUAAUAAACAAAUUUUAUAUAGAAAAGAAAAGAAUUAGAAGAAUAGAAUUAAGAAUAAUAAGAUAAAUAUAAAGAAAAACUUGAAUUAAUUUUAGAAAAAAAAAAAAAAAAUAGAUUAAACAAUUUAAAGUAGAUAUCAUAAAUUGCGAGAAAGGAUGUAUCUAAAAGCUUAGAAAUUUCAACAAAAAUGAAAACAGUUAUUUAAGAAGAAAAAUAUAAAAAUGCUCAAAUGAAGAAAUUAUAAACUGAAUAGAAUAUUGAAAAAGCGUAUUUCUAAUAAUUAAUAAAAUUAAUAGAUAAAAAAGAGUUGAUCAUAUUAAACAAACUUAUGUUGAUGAGUUGGAAGAAAAAUAAAAAAUUUAUGAAGAAAAAUUACUUUAAGUUUUGAAAAAAAAAGGUGAAUAAGAUUAAUAGUUAAUGUAACAUAGAUUAAGAGAGAUAUAAACAGAGAGAACUCGUAAAUAAACAAAAAAAAUUAGAAAAUCCGAUGAAUGGUCUACAAAAUUGCCUCAAUUAAUUAGUAGAAGUGAAGCACAAUUUUAAAAUGUUUAUAACUCAAAUUUAGCUUCAGUUAUUGAAAAAUUUUAGAAAGAAGAAAAAAACAAACUUAAAUAACAUAAAUUUUAAGAAUUAGACAAAGAACACAUAGAAGAAAUUAAACAAAAAGAGAUAUAAUUUAAAAAAAGAUAUUCAGAUAAACUUAAAAUAUUUGAGUAAUAUAUUUUAACUAUUAAAUAGAGAUAAAAGAAUGAAAAUUGAGGAAAAAUUUGCAAAAAAGGAUUCAUAUUUAAUUGAACAUUAAUAAAAAAAAAAGGAAGAAUUAGAGGAGAAAUUUGAUAAAGUUAGAGAAUUAAGUGCUGAAAAUGAGAGGAGAUUCAUACAUAUUAAAUAAGAAUAUAACAAUAAAUGUGAUAAAUAAAUGGAUAAAGAGUAAAAGAAAUUUAAAUAAAAUCUUAAUCUAAUUAAAUAAAGAGAAUAAAUUAUUGAGUAGUUAAGAUAUAAAAGAUUCUUAGAAAAAAAUAAACCUAUGACUUAAUCUUAAGAAACUAUAUCAAAACAUAAUGAUAGCAAACUUUAAGCAUGA